AUGUCAGUGGCGAAUGCGAAGCAGACUGUUCUAAAUCCGGCAGUUCCUUUCACAGAAAUCAUAUCAGGCGGAUUACAACCAGGGGACAUUGUUUUGAUUCAGGGCAGCGUUCUUAAUAAUGCAGACAGGUUCCAGUUUGAUUUGACUUGUGGCAGCAGCACAAAACCACGGGCGGACAUCGCCUUUCACUUUAACCCUCGUUUCAAGACCUCCUCCUGUAUCGUAUGCAACUCUCUACAGCAGGGCACGUGGGGUAGGGAGGAGACCCACGAUCAAAUGCCCUUUAGGCAGGGAGCCCCCUUUGAGACCAUCAUCCUGGUUCACAAUGAUGUUUUCAAAGUGGCAGUCAACGGUGCUCAUGUGUUGGAGUAUAAACACAGAAUCCCACUGAACAGAGUGGACACAUUGGCUAUAUCAGGAAUGGUCAAAAUCAACGUCGUAGGCUUUAUCCCAAACUCAGCAAUAUUCUCAGAAUCAGGUGACUUGAGUCUGCCUUACAAAGGCAGUAUACUCACAGGACUCAGCCCAGGAAAACAGAUCACAAUCAAAGGCAAUGUCAGUUCAUUUCCUCACAGCUUCACUAUAAACCUGAGAUGCAGUCAGUCAGACAACAUAGCCCUACACCUCAAUGCACGGAUAAAAUCCAGCACGUUCAUUCGGAAUUCUUUCCUGGGUCAGUCUUGGGGUCCUGAGGAGAAUGAACUUUCCCACUUUCCGUUCUCACCUGGACAGUACUUUGAGAUGAUCAUCCUAUGUCAGUCUCACCAGUUAAAAGUGGCUGUGAAUGGAUCCCACAUUCUUGACUACAGGCACAGAGUUCAGGACCUCAGCAGCAUCGAUCAGCUGGAGAUCAUGGGAGACCUAGAACUGCAGGACCUCAAGCUAUGGUGA